CCGCUGAAACAUUCGAACCCAUAAGUCAAAUCGAAGAAGCUCAUUCUAUUGAAGCUACUUCACAUCAUUUGGACACACUUACUUUGGAUGGCGAACUAACAAGAAGCAGGAACCGUGGCAGACCUCCUAAACGACGUGGACGACGCGGCAGAUUUACGACGCUUUCACGGACUGAAGAAAUCACAGGACACACAAGCACUGAACAAGGAAGUCAACAAAUAGAAGUGUUGUCGAGCGAAUCUGAUCAUAAUGAAGAAAAUGAAAUAGAAGCAGUUUCGAGCGAUCAGAAUGAGAUGGUGCAUAAUGAAGAUUUUGAAGAUAUUUUUCGCACACCAGAAGAUGAUUUUGGAACGAUUGGUCUAAGCGAUAAAGAAGAGGAUCACUUACCUUUUCAUCCUGUUAGUACAAUAGCAUCAAGCCAGCGCAAUCGCUCCAAUGGUACAUGCUGCACAUGCUUGAAUGCUACUGCCGCGUACAUAUUUGUUCCAUGUGGACAUUUGUGUAUUUGUAGUGAGUGCCAAAAACGAUUGCAAGAUCAUAAAUGUCCACUAUGUCGUAAAAAAUAUUCCUACUGUAUUCGCGCCAUAACGAUAUAAAUACUGUAUAAUUUUACAUGUAAAAUUCAAGCAUUUACAUGUAAAAUUCAAGCAUUUACAUGUAAAAUUCAAGCAUUUUCGCGCCGUAUAUAACGUAUAUAACGUAUUCGCGCCAUAACGAUAUAAACACUGUAUAAUUUUACAUGUAAAAUUCAAGCAUUUACAUGUAAAAUUCAAGCAUUUUUGCGCCGUAUAUAACGUAUAUAACGUAUUCGCGCCAUAACGAU